AAGCUAGAGCCGCUUCACCAUUAGAUGGAACCAUCAUGGCCCGCCGUGUGCGCGCCGAAGCCAAGCCCUUGACACGCUGCCCCUACGGACAUGCACCGUCAACAGCGGCCUCGAGACCACCCCCGCCAGCAGUGGAAGAGACACUGCUUGAAGUCGUGCCGGAUGCUCAAUUGGAGGACGACCCUCCGCCGAGCCCACCCUCCACUGCCCGCCCAGACGAGGGCGAUGCCGUUGGUGCGGCUGUGCCGGUCUACGCGCCUGAGAGUGUCAUGGUCAAUGCCGUUGCGUUGCUCAACCCGCCAGCGCCAUGGAACGCAAUCGCUGAAUGUCGUCAACAGGCAGAACGCCUUGCAGAGCUCGAGAGCCAAGUCUUGGAGGAGUGCCGACAGCGGCAGGAGCGUCUUUGGCGCUCUGAGCUGCAGGAGCAACUGCAUGAAAGGGAUCAACACUGGCAACAGCAGCAGAAGGAGCUGGAGGGGCAGUUGGCCUUUCUGGAGCGACGGCUCAUCGAGAGCAAGGUCUCGAGUCAAGAGGCGGAAAUGCAACAGCAACAGGAUGCGCGCUUGCGAUACCAAGUGGUCCAGGAGCGCUGCAAUACGUUGGCCACAACGAUGGCGGAAGAGCAGGCGGCCUACAACGUGAAGCACUUGCAGCUAGAGCAAGACGUGUCAAAGCUCCAUGGGGAGCUUCUCGCCUCACAGAAGGAGAUGGAGGUGAUGCGACUUGAGGAGCGAACGCUGGCCACCUGUGCGCAGGAGGAGUUUCAGGCCGAAGCCGCUUGCAAUGCCUUCAGCCUCAGGCGAGCUGAGGCCCAAGCACGGCAAGCAGAGGAGGAGACUUCACGAGCGGAGGAGGCCUUCUCCGGCCUGCAGAUGCAGUUGCAAGCCACCAGGAAAGACUUCCAGGUGGAACACCUUCAAGUGGAAGAGCGAUUGCAGCAGGCGGAGCACUCGCAGCAGAUGGCCAGGCGUUUGAGUGUCGGCGAAGAGGAGCUCGCCGCCCGAGCUCAGAGGGAUCUCGAAGAGUCUCGUGCGGAGGCCAUCGAGACCAAGGCUGAGACAGAGGACUUGCGCGCUACGGUCAUGGCCUUGACCGCUGAGCUCCAGGUAGCACACCAGAAGGCUGUUUGGGAAGAAGAUCAACGGCAAGUCCUCCAUCGGACCUUGAAAGAUGCCUACCUGAAGCAAGAAGCCUUUCUGGAUGAGGUGCAUGCAGCCCAGACCUUUGCCGCAGAGGCCACCCAGCGUGCCGAGGAAACCCAGAGGGAGCGGCACCGCGACCUCCGUGAAUUCCAACGAAUCUUGCGACAGCAUCAAGACCGCUUGGAGCUGGAGCAGCGCAAGGAAGUUUGGGAAGAACUUCAGAAAGCUGUGCUGGAAGUGGCAUUAGAUGACACAGGUUCAAGCAACCACUGACUGAGGCGAUGAUUUUUGUUUGGGUACACCAUGAAACGGGCAGCUCUUUGAAAGGAAGUGGAAGCCAGGCCCGGCUGCACAAAUACGAUUGAAAAGUCUGCAGAGCCCACGCCACACAACUUGGCUUGAAGACUUGCAGGGUCCUGUUGGUGUCAGUGAAGGCCGGACACGACUACACGUCGGUCUCAGAAAGACUGAGAAGCGUUUAAAAGCUAUGGUGUCUACUUUGGGGAAAGAGCUGCAUAACCGCUUCAAACUGGGCCGGCAGACCGGGAAGACCAGUUCCAACAUUGGGAGCGCAAAGAUCGCUUGAAAAGAUGAAAAAGCGUGCCAGCAGAGCAGCGCACCGGGAUGAUCCAAAAGUAAUUCAGCACCCUGCCCGACCCUACUGGCAGCGAGCCAACCGUGCAAAACCACCCUCACAAGUCUUUUCAAGCCAACACCUGGAUUCAGUGCUGUAUUGUGCAAACGAACGCUAGUGUUGGGUUUGUUAAGUGUGCGAGGACCUGGAAGUUUUGUCAGGGGACAGGCCAAGUGACUGGUUGCAUGUCGAGAAAGGAAAAUGUUGACAGAUAACACAACACGAGAACAAAGCAAUUACGGACCAGGCCUGGCCAACUGGAGGAUAGAGUGCUCCAAGUGCCUCCACUGUCGCUCAGGAUGACUUCGGGAACUGAAAGCGUUUGCUUUCCACGCAGCCUGCCACUUCGCAACGUCGCCGACUUCUUUGAGGACCGCAGCUGUCGUGAGGCUGCACCAGUCAGAGAUGAAAACGCCCGCAGCAGUCCGCUGGUCGUGACGACAAAAGGCUGACCGGAGCUACAGGCGAUACAAUGUAAAUAGAAAUUUCAAAUUGGCCUGGGCAUGGUGUGGAAAGUGAAACGCAACUGGGGUUGAUUCGAUUUCAACGGAGC